AUGGGUCGGUAUACCAUCACGAAUAUUUACGCCCUGGCGGGUUUUGGCACCGUCGGUGGAGCACUGUUUGGUUUUGAUAUCAGCUCCAUGAGCGCAUGGAUUGGCACGGAUCAAUACAAGGAAUACUUCAACCACCCUACCUCGAACAUGCAAGGAGGCAUUACGGCAGCCAUGUCCGGCGGUUCGUUCAUCGGUGCAUUGGCAUCAGGUUACCUUUCCGACAAACUCGGUCGUAGGCGAUCUUUAGAGAUUGCCGCGUUGGUUUGGAUCAUUGGUUCUGCAAUCCAAUGCAGUGCCCAGAAUGUCGCCCAGCUCGUCAUCGGUCGUGUCAUCAACGGUCUAUGUGUUGGUAUCACGAGUUCCCAAGUACCGGUCUUCCUCGCCGAGCUCUCUCCUGCCCACAUGCGUGGCCGCAUCGUCGGUAUCCAGCAAUGGGCCGUCGAAUGGGGCAUCCUGAUCAUGUAUCUCAUCUCAUACGGCUGCACCAAGAUCGAAGGUCCCGCGUCUUUCCGUAUUGCAUGGGGCGUACAAGGCAUACCCGCUUUUAUCAUUCUCGGUUCCCUCUUCUUCUUUCCCGAAAGCCCCCGUUGGCUCGGAGGCCAGGAUAGGUGGGAGGAAGCUUUACAAACCUUGGCUAUUUUGCACGGCAAUGGAGACGUACAGCACCCCGCUGUUCAGGCCGAGUACCUGGAGGUCCGCGAAGCCGUCCGCGUCUCCCGUGAAUCCAAGGAUCUCAGCAUCGUCGGUCUCUUCGGCCCCGACAUGUGGCGCCGCACCACGGCCGGCGUCUUCGUCCAGUGCUGGCAGCAGCUCCUGGGCGCCAACGUCAUGAUGUACUACAUUGUUUACAUCUUUGAGAUGGCAGGGCUUACGGGCAAUGUCAACCUGUACAGCUCGGCGAUCCAAUACGUCAUUUUCCUGGUCACAACGGGCGUUACGCUGUGCUUCAUCGAGAAGGUCGGACGGCGCGAUCUGCUCCUCUACGGUGGUAUCCUGGCCAUGGCAUUCAACUUCGCCGUCGGCGGUAUCAUGGCCUCGUACGGACACUACGUUCCCGAGCUGAACAACGACCCGACCAUCCGCUGGAAGAUGCCGUCUGGCCCAUCCUCCAAGGCCGUCAUCGCGUGCUCGUAUAUCUUCAUUGGCAUCUACGGCUUGACUUGGGCUCCCGCAGCCUGGAUCUACUGCAGUGAGGUCUUCCCGCUCAAGUGGCGUGCCAAGGGCGUCGGUCUGUCGGCCGCAACCAACUGGAUCUUCAAUUUCGCACUCGCCUUUUUCGUGCCUCCCGCUUUCCAAAACAUCCAAUGGAAAACGUACAUGAUUUUCGGCGUUUUCUGCUUCGCGGCAACAAUUCACAUCUUCUUCGCAUUCCCGGAGACAGCAGGACGUACGUUGGAGGAGGUCGACGCGCUCUUCGAGCCGGGCGUCAAGCCAUGGAAGACGGGUGGCUUACGCAGCUCAUUUGGUGACAAGGUCGCAGCGGUCGAGAGCAAGAUGGAUGAUGCUGAGGGCGUCGAGGAGCAUGCCGAGAAGGUUGGUGUGGUGAAGGAUGAAGGGAGGAUGGUUUAG